GAGUCCCUGGUCACCUCCCUCGUCCGUCCCUCCCGGAUGGAACAAGACGACAAACAGGGUGUGUGUGAAGCCCCAGACUCAGAAGACAAAGGGAUGGGCUCUGACUUUGAGAACUCUGAAGACAGGGGAGGGGACCGUGAAGACAGCUCCGAUGCACAGGACGUGGGUAAGAGAGGCGGCCACCCGGAGGAGGACAUGGGCUCCAACCCGCAGGAUGGCACUCCACGAGGGGCCUCGGAGGAGCGGGAACUAGUGUCUGACUUCUGCACAGAGGGGCUGCUGAGUGAGGAAGAAGGGGUGGCCCUGCGCGAGGAAGAGGAUGACCAGUCGGCCAUAUGCGAGGUGGCGAUGUUCCCGGGCCUGUGUGAAUCCGACAGCCGAUCCGGGAGCGCCGGGGAGAACCGGCUCCAGGAGGAGGAAGAGGAGGAGGAGCCGCCGCCACUGCCCGUGCUUCCCUGGAGGCGGCACCUGUCCCUGGGGGUCGUGCGCCGCUCGCACCUGGCCAACCACCAGCGCAUCCACACGGGCGAGAAGCCGCACGGCUGCGGCGACUGCGGCAAGCGCUUCAGCUGGCGCUCGGACCUGGUGAAGCACCAGCGCGUGCACACGGGCGAGAAGCCCUACAUGUGCUCCGAGUGCGGCGAGGCCUUCAGCGUCAGCUCGCACCUCUUCACGCACAAGCGCACGCACUCGGGCGAGCGGCCCUACGUGUGCCGCGAGUGCGGCAAGCGCUUCGGCCGCAACUCGCACCUGGUCAACCACCUGCGCGUGCACACGGGCGAGAAGCCCUUCCGCUGCGGCCAGUGCGAGAAGCGCUUCAGCGACUUCUCCACGCUCACGCAGCACCAGCGCACGCACACGGGCGAGAAGCCCUACACGUGCCUCGAGUGCGGCAAGAGCUUCAUCCAGAGCUCGCACCUGAUCCGCCACCGCCGCAUCCACACCGGUAACAAGCCGCACAAGUGCGCCGGCUGCGGCAAGGGUUUCCGCUACAAGACGCACCUCGCGCAGCACCAGAAGCUGCACCUGUGCUAGGCCCGGGCCCGGCGCAGGCUGCGGGCGGGGGAGCACCUGCGGGAGAGAUGCCCCGCGCACAGACCCUACCGAGGGAAAUGGGAAAGGGCGGGACGGACGGGCCGAGAGUGACUGGGGAGCCUUUUGGUGUUCAAGGGAGGGGGGGGCCUGAAGGGGAGGGUUGAGGAAGCGUUGUUCUUCUGGGGUGCUAGAUCCUGCCUGCCUCCUCCCCAGCGGAGAAGUGUUCGGGAGAUGCGCUCGGGCGUGGUGACGUCCUCGGACACACGCUGUGGGAGCUGGCCCUUGGAGGAAGGGGAGCGCCGGGGCGGGGGCGAGGACCGGAUGGCAGGCAGUACAGUCGGUUGGGCUGCGAUGACCUGUGGGGAUCGGGAGAGGGUGUGAUUGGAGUGAGGGUUAUGGAGCGAAAUAAAAGGCGGGUGGGGAUAAUUCUGUCCUGGUGCCAAGAGGUGCGAAGCCACUGUUUGCCGUGUCCCCUCACGUCAGCUCUAGAUAGUCCCACGAAAAACAGAGCAGCCUUGUCAGU